AUGCUAAUAUAUUAGAUUUUAAUAAUAAACUCAAUAAUAUUUUGUUCUUAAUCAGUAUAAAUCCCAAUAGAAGAUGUGGAGUUUAUAACUCAUAAAGAGUCUGGAUUUAAAUUGGUAAACUCAAAAAUUCUUAUAAAUCGAGCGGAUAAUAUCAAAGGUGUGAUAGAUGAUGAUGGUGUGAAUUUUUUGCAUUUUGAAAUAUAUGAUGUAAAGACAGAGCAAUCUAAGAAGAAGAUAGCAGGUAUAUUGGAAUAAUUCUGGAAUGAUGCAAAAAUGGUUCCACUUAGAAUGAGAAAUCAAUUAGAAUAUAUGUUAUAAUUGGAUUUAAUAAUUUUAGUGAUAUAGCUUUUAGGAAACCAAAAAAUGCUUAAAUAGAAGUAAAUGAACUUAAGAAUAACACAUGGUCGAUAUUAAUAUACUUAAAGGAGAGUACAGAAGUGA